GCCUUUAACUGACGUCAUCACUAACCGCCCUGUGACAUUGUCGGAGAGUAUGAGAGAAAAGGUAAAAUACCGGAAUAAGAAACAACAUUAUUACUGCGUUUUUAAUAAUUUAGCCUGUUUUAUGAUGUUCAACUGUAAACCAAAACUGUAGUGUUUAGUUAAAGCUCUCUUCAUGUGAUGAUUAGAUGGACUAAACCUUCGAUAAACCAUGCUAUAUCUGCUAACAUGUGUGUGUGAUCUGUCUGUCCUCAGCUGGUCCUGGUCCUGGUCUGUAAUCAUGGCUCUUCAGAACUUCUACAGACCCUUCAUGGGUCUGCUCGUAGAGACCUCCUGCAGGCUUCAUCAGAGGACUUUUAGGUGAGACUUCAUGGAGACUGUGUUAGUUCAGACAUGACGGUGUGACCGGGUUCAAUUAAACGCAAAGUUGUGAAUCAAAACUGUUAAAGUGACAAUUUCAAAACUCAAAUGUGUGUAUUUGACAUCUUCUACCAUCAUAGAGACUGAGUUUAGAUCAUGAAGAGUCAUUUUCAUAUCUAUCCAGGGGCGUGUUCAGACCUUUUGUAGCCCUGGGUGGCCUAAAGGGGGCCCUGACUGAUGUAGUGGCAGCAUCAUCGGUUAAGAGCUUAAAAAAAUAACCCCCAAUUUUCACCUCAUCCAAAACGGCUCCGAUCCAGAAGAGCGGCGAUUUUCGCCAUCCGCCAAUUUUUAUCGGAUCUGUUUGUGAGGUGAAUUUCGUUGCAGAUUUAGGACAACAGGAAUCGCGAGAACUCACAAGAUCCCGCGGAUUCACAUGCAAUCACGUGAUAACGAGUUGUCUCUAUGAAGACAGCCACAUAGACAUAUAAGCAGUAGAUUGUGUCUACUGCUUAUACAAUCCCCCUGAGACACGGAGUGUUUUAUUUUGAAAAGAAGAUGGAUGUUUUAUUUUGUGUCUGUGCCCGACUUCCUUUCCAGCACGGGUUACCCCCAAUUUCCACCGCAUCUGGAACGUCUGCGAAAAGGUCGUAUCCUCCGAUCGUAGCUGAUCGUAACCAUUCAAGUUAACGUGUCAAAUGUCUUUCCGUUCCUCUGCGGAUCGCCAUUUUUGUUUGCAGCUUUAUUUUUUGUUGAAUGGCUCUUAAAAACUGCGAUUAAAAAAAUAAUGUUUGUCAGUUUGUAGUCGUGAAUUUUUCUCUCGAAGUUCUCCGUAAUAAAGAGGAUUAAUGUCUAUUUCCUGUCUCGACAAGUGUAUCUGCCGUCGCUGCAGCCAUCCAGAAAAUGACCAGAGUGCGUGUCGUGGACAACAGCCCUCUUGGAAAUACUCCGUACCACCGCCCACCCAAAGUGAUCCACGUCUACACCAAGAACGGCGUGGGGAAAGUGGGAGACACGGUGCUGCUCGCCAUCAAAGGACAGAAAAAGAAAGCGCUGAUCGUGGGACACAAAAUGCCGGGAGACAGGAUGACUCCACGUUUUGAUUCGAACAAUGUCGUCCUCAUCGAGGAUAACGGAAACCCGACAGGAACCAGGAUCAAGGUUCCCAUAUCGUCAAAGCUCCGUAAGAUGGAGGGAGAUCACUCCAAAGUUUUAGCCAUCGCCAGUUCGUUUGUUUGAGAGCGUCCAGCUGGAGGUCGAACCUGCUGUUUGUUUCUUCUGUUUGUAUGAUUGUCAUUAAAAUUAAAAUACACACUUUCACUCUUC